AUGCAUCACUUUCUCACCGUGGACCUUGUCGUCCCUCCGCCGGACAAACUGCCUCAAUUGAGGCCGCCCCCCACCCACGCUGCUGGAUUCCCAGGUAACACGAUUGGGGCCCAUUUUUGGAAUUGCAUAGUUCUCUGCACCCCGGAAUGAGGAGAGGCCUUUGCAGGCCUUGGGGGUCCAUUGACUCUAUUUCCUCUAUUAUUCAUAUUCUUCUCAAUACACUCUGGGUGAACUUUCAUUUUACACACCCUCCCGUUUCAUCGAUUCACCGGCCUUCGGCCCCUCGGAUUUUGUACCUUACCCUGCGAAGGAAAGUAACCGGGAUUAAUUUUAUUGAUUCUAAAUCCCUCAUGAGAUCUUCACACUUCUUUCAUUUCUUAUGUGCGGUAAUAUAUAUCGUGAGGGAGGAGAGUAUGAGGAAUGGAAAUUCCAUACCCGGAGCUAUGUUUUCAUUUGUUCUGCACUUGCUAUGUCUCACUCGCUUGGAACCCCAGUGCUUGUAUGAGGCCAGACUCAUUGACCGAUUCAGGCGAAACCAAAAACAGAAUUCGAGCUACAAAGAAACCUCAGCACACAAAACACAUGCUAUAACUCACAAUGGUGUGAUACCCGUAUCACUUCAGUGCUGCAAAAAUGGCAAGACACCACGCAAGUGGCCUCGACAACGCAAUUCCUCCUGUACAAUGCAAUAUUUUACCGAGCUUGCGGACCGUUUGUUAAACAUCAAGAAAAUGGAAAUCGCUUGGGAAUCGCACACCCAAUGCUCUUCGCCAUAAUUAGAAACCUCCCUGUUUCCACUUGACCGGACGUGUUCACGCCAUGGUUGCAUUUGGAACCUUUCUCACACUGCUGGGACUCUAGAACUGCGCGUCGUGCGUCGAGACUGCCUUGGGUGAGUUGUCGGGAAUGUGAUAGCCCCGAGAAGAGAGCACCAGCUUGCACAAUGUUCCAGGAUUUGUUCAUCGUCAAUCCGUGCUGUGU